AUGGGUUUGAGGAAUGAAAAUGAAAAUGGAAAUGGCAUCGGAGAGAGAGAGAGAACAUCCACAAUGCUACAGUCACUAAAACAUGUAACCAAACGCAGAUCCCUCUUCUCUUCUCUUCUCAUUCAGAUCAAUUCCUUUUCUUCUUCUUCUUCAUCUUCUUCUUCUCAUAACUGCCACACCGUCUUAAGAAAAAUAAACCAAAACGACGUCGCAUCCUCCGUCAAGGACUGGUUCAACACGCGCGACCCACUCAUCACCCGAAUCUUUCAGAUUCUUUCUUCGACGGACUCUAGCUCUGACGCCGCCCUCGACGCCUCUCUCGCCGCCCUAACACUCCCCCGUCUCGACGAGUCCUUCAUCCUCACCGUACUCCACCAUGGCACCGCCGCCGCCCACGUCUACCCCUGCCUCCGCUUCUUCGAUUGGGCCGGCCGCCAGCCCGGCUUCCACCACACGCGCGGCACCUUCUCCGCCAUCUUCAGAAUCCUCGCACGCAACAGAUCAAUGUCAACCAUCAUCGAGUUCCUCCGAUCCUUCCGCCGCCAUGGCCCCGCCUUCUACCCUCGUGCGCGGUUCAAUGAUACUCUCGUCAUUGGAUAUGCUAUUGCGGGUAAGCCUGAGAUUGCACUCCACCAUGUUUCAUGGCAGAUUAGGAUGAGGGGUUUUGAUAAUCGGUAUACCAAUGUCCUUGUUAUGGAGAGUUUGUGUAAGCAGGGGAGGUUGGAUGAAGCUGAAGGGUUCUUGUUUGGCUUGGUGGAUGGUGUCAAGGAGUUUCCUGGCUCCGAGGUGGGGAUGGUGGAUGUCCCUCUUGAUUUGUUCAAGUCCAAGGAAGCAUUAGUCAUAAUUUUCAAUUCCAAGAUGGGCAAUUCAAGGUCUCUGCUUUUCAGUUUGUUUGAGAUGCUGUCCCAUAAUGAUAGUCAACAUUAUAUUUAUGAUUGUUUCAUUGAUGCGGCUGGGCAUGCCAAGCAGGCUGAGUUGGCUUGGAAAGUGUUUGAGUUGAUGCAGAAGAAUGGCAUUCAGCCCACUUCAUCUUCUCUAAUUCUUAUGUUGAAAGCUUAUUUGAAAAGUGGAAGGACUUAUGAUGCUCUUAUCUUCUUUAAUAAUGUUUGGUCCCUGGGAUUGGCGACUAAAAAGUUAUAUAAUUGCUUAGUUGUUUCUCUCUGCAAGAGCAAGAAUCCUGAACCUGCGUAUCUGCUCUUACCCCAAAUGUUAAAAGACGGUUUUCAUCCAACCAUUGAAUGCCAUGAGAAUCUUCUACUGGAGCUUUGUUCAUCGAAAAGAUAUCAUGAGGCAGUGAAUCUUGUUAAUGUGUAUAAGAAAAUGGGACGUCGAUUAACCUCUUUUCUUGGUAACGUACUUCUUUAUCAAUCUAUGUUUUCACCGGAAGUUUACAAUGCCUGUGUUCGUUUAAGAGGAGUGAAAGAGGAGGGAAAAACUGAUUGGUCAAUGCUUAGCUUUGUGGUUGGUGCAUUUUAUGGUCAUCAUAGAGCUAGCCAUGUUGAGGACUUGGAGAAAUUAAUAGCAAAGUGCUUUCCACUUGACAUUUACACUUACAAUAUGUUGUUGAGAAAAGCAUGUAAGAGUGAUAUGGGGAAGGCUUAUGAGUUGUUUGAAAGGAUGCGUCGAAGGGGCUUUGAGCCCAACCGUUAUACCACCAUGGUUUAUGGUUUCAAAAGGCAUGGGAUGAGUGACGAGGCUCAGAGGUGGUUUCAAGAAAGUAAAAGGAUACUAUCCUACAGAGAAACCUGA